CUUUCUCUUCCCCCGUCACUUCUUCCCUUCCCACAGUAUCACCGUUGCGGGCUUGCGGCGGCGCGGCGCGGCCCCCAAACCCGACCGCCGCUGCCCACGAUGCUGCCCCGAUCGCCGGCGACGGAGAGCCUUCUGCUCCGGUCGCUUCUCCGGCAGCCGCGAGGCUUCAGCUCCUCCGCGGCCGCUGCGCCGGUGGCGGCGAAGGAAGGGGGCGACGGCAAGCUCGUGGCGUCGGUGCUGUUCGAGCGCCUCCCCGUUGUCAUCCCCAAGAUCCACCCCGUCGUCUACGCCUUCCAAGAAUUCUCAUUUCGGUGGAGGCAGCAGUACAGACGGCAGUACCCCGACGAGGUCCUCGGCAAGGCCGACGCAAGGGGUAAGGGUGAUUAUCAGAUUGAUUAUGUGCCUGCUCCAAGAAUCACAGAGGCUGACAAAACAAAUGACCGAAAGUCUUUACAACGAGCUCUUGAUAAUAAACUUUAUCUCCUCCUAUAUGGCAACACAUAUGGGGCUCCUGAUGGAAAGCCUGUCUGGCAUUUUCCAGAAAAAGUAUAUGAAAAUGAAGAAACUAUGCGAUUGUGUGCUGAGUCUGCAUUAAAAUCUGUUCUUGGGGGACUUGACAAUACAUACUUCGUUGGCAAUGCUCCCAUGGCUCAUAUGGCGGUUGAACAAACGGAUUCAAGUGUUUCACCAUUCAAGCGUUUCUUUUUCAAGUCACAAGUGGUCGGCACAACAAAAUACCAUAUUGGAAAAUGCAAGGACUAUGCGUGGGUAACCAAGGAUGAGCUACUGGAGCAUUUUCCUGAGAACAAGGAUUUCUUCAACAAGAUGAUCAUCCACAUAAGAUAGCUCUCUAAUGAAGCCAUGGGCAAGCUGAGGCCAAUCUGAACAAUUAGCAUUUUGUUUCUUGACUUGUACAAGUUUAGCACCACUAUGGUCAUGAAUUAGCAGGAAACGACUAUUUAAAACAUACUCCAUCUUGCCUGUGUUUUUUUUUUGGGCCAACUCUGUAUGGCAAUAUGGCAUUGCUGUAGCAUGUAGUCCUCUCCCAGCUGCUGUAUGUUUACAUAGCAUAUUAUCAGUCUGUUAUCCAUGGGGGAAAAUAAUUUUCAGGGUGGCCUUUGAUUCCCUGCUUUGUUAUGCUUUUA